CUCUAAAUAUAAAAGCUGACAACGAAAACAUCGGCGUUUCCGUUUCUCGGUUUCUCCCUGCAGCAGCAACCUGUUUGCGCUCGAAUCCAUCAAUAAAACAACGAAUACGAAAUUAACCCAAAUACUGAUCCAUCUAUCUAUUAUUAUUCACCUAUGGCCGCAAAGAUUCUUGCUAACUUAAUUGUGAUGGGUUCCGGUAUACUGGCGAGGGCCGUAGUUCAGGCAUAUCGUCAAGCACUUGCAAAUGCCUCGAAAUCUGGUGUUGCCCAAGAAACGCUACAAAAUGCUGCUCGAAAAGCAGGCAAAGUCAUGACGGAGCAAGAAGCUAGGCAGAUUCUUGGUAUCUCAGAGGGAACCACUUGGGAGGAAGUCGUGAAGAGAUACGACACAUUAUUUGAAAACAAUGCCAAGAACGGGAGCUUUUACCUCCAGUCAAAAGUUCACAGGGCCAAGGAAUGUUUAGAAGCUGCCUAUAAAGAUAAAGGUCAAGGUACCCCUACCCCAAGUUGAGAGUCCUUCAAUUUUUUUGUCCAUCUAUUAAUUGUAUAAUUAGUGUCGAAGUCUGAGGGACAAGCCUGAAAGAUCGAGAAGAUUGAGAAUGUAUGCACAUGUUGAUUUAGAAUCUUAGAUCAUUGCCUUUUUAAUACGUAUAUGUUUGUUGAAGUUGUAUUCACAUACAUUUCAUCAAUAAUAUACAUGCUACAAAGCAUAGUGGUUGGCAUA